CCGAGCCGGCGUGGUUCCUCUCUACUUCCGAUCUCAUUGGUCUCCCUCUCUCUCUCUCUGCUUUUGUUCUAUUUCCAACUUUCGUUCCGAACUGCGAGCAUCAGUCCCUGCCGCGUGUAACUGUCGCCGGAAGGCUUCAUAACUCGGACGGCGGGAGGAAGGAGAUCAGAAUGCAAAGCGGCUCGUAUUAUCGUUAAACGGACGAAAAAAACACUUCUCUCGAGGAGAGCGCUCGAAUCGGCACGGUCAAUCAUGUCCUGGCCAUAUGCGACGAGUGUGUCGCCGUCCUCCUCGUUCACGGUAUUGAUGGUGACAGCGCAGACGACACUGUCGACGCUAACGUUAAAUUACACGGCAGGCAACGUUGGUACCGUCGGCGACGUAAUCGGCGACAUCGUGACGAGGAAGGCCGACGAAGAGGAAGAAUAUAUACCUUACAGCGAUCGGCCCGAGACGUACAUCGUGCCGGUCAUCUUAUUCCUGAUCAUGGUGAUCGGUCUCACCGGGAAUGGUGUGUUGGCCUUCACGAUCCUGCGACACGCCAACAUGAGAAACGUACCCAACACGUACGUGCUGUCGCUGGCGCUUGGAGAUUUACUGCUCAUAGUGAUAAGUGUCCCCUUCACCGCCAUUGUCUACAUUUUGGAUUCUUGGCCCUUCGGUCUCUUAUUAUGCAAACUCGGCGAGUCUGCGAAGGAUAUUUCCAUCGGAGUUUCCGUAUUCACGCUAACUGCUCUCUCGGCAGACAGAUUUUUCGCCAUUGUGGAUCCCAUGCGGAAAUUGCAUGUUACAGGCGGCGACAAGCGAGCCACGCACUUCACCGUGAUCGUCGCUGUGAUGAUCUGGAUCUUGGCUAUAGUGUGCGCAACCCCGGCCUCCUUCUCGUACAUCAGAGUCUUCAGGGUCAACCGAAACGUGAGCUUUAGCGUAUGCUACCCGUUCCCCGAGGAAUUUGGACCGAGCUACCCGAAAGUGAUAGUGAUAUGUCGCUUCUUCAUUUACUACGUAAUACCUCUCAGCAUCAUCGCCGUCUUCUACAUACUGAUGGCCAGGCAUCUCAUGCACAGUACGAGGACCAUACCCGGCGAGAUGCACGGCCAGGUGAGGCAAGUGCUGGCCCGUAAAAAGGUAGCAAAGAUGGUGAUGGCUUUCGUUAUUAUAUUCGCCAUCUGUUUCUUUCCGCAACACGUCUUUAUGUUGUGGUUUUAUAUCAAUCCGACCGCGCCACAAGAUUACAAUACUUUCUGGCACUAUUUCCGUAUCCUGGGCUUCUGUCUCGCAUUUACCAACAGCUGCAUCAACCCCAUCGCUCUCUACUGUGUGAGUGGUACUUUCAGGAAGUACUUCGACAGAUACCUGUUGUGCUGCGCCGUGAAGAAGAUGCGGGGACGGCAUCGACGAUCGUCGGAUCUAAGUUCCCGUGGGCGUGGGCAAAGUUUCUCGCUCGUCAGCUCGAGGAGGUGCUUGAGCGAAUCUCGUCGAGAACAACGAAGUGUCAUGCGCCUCUCUAUCAUGGCGGAUAGCGUUCGAACAAAGGACAUUCCGAUCAAGGAACAGGAAACCACUAUUACUUUGUCGGCCUACCCGAACGGCAACGACGAAUCACUGAGACACCAACGAAUCUCGAUGGAACCAACUGUGCGCGAUCGAUUAAUCAUCCCAUAAAGAGGAUACCGAACGGAAGCUGACGCAUUUCCGAUUAUCCACGUUUCUACAAAUCCGUAUAAAAUAAUUCCUAUAGCAAUCACCUCAAGAUGAACUAUAACCUAUAUUUAAUCUAUGUAUAAUCUAUCUAUGUUUUAAUUACGACAUCUUCUCACGAGGGUCGCAAUCUCGAGAUUGCUGAAGUACAACUCGUGCAGUCGCAACAGAGAGAAAGUAGUACUAUUUUUCAUACGUAUUUAACAGUUGCGCCUAAUAGUCAAAGUUUUUAAUAUUCGGAUUACUUGGUCAUAAUAUUAUAUAUAUAUAUAUAUAUAUAACGUGACGUGUCGUUGGAUCCGAUAUAGUAAGCCGCGAGUAAGUUUUCGUUUCCAAGUGUUUUGUGUGCAUGACGCAUGGAAGGAUAAGUCGCGUUAAAUGAUAAGAUAUUUUAAUACUAGAACUAGCGACAUAAGCGAUGUAUACUAAGAGAAUUGACUUCGUAUGAAUUUACGAAGAAUUUUAAUAUAUCAUCCGACCAAGAGAAAGAUACUACAUUCCGCCGAAUAAGUAACAGUAUUAGAACUUACAGCUUCAAUAGGGAAAACAAAGUCAAAUUAUAAA